AUGCCCCGAUUUGGGAGUCCUCAAGCUGUGGUGUUGAUAAAGCCUGAUAAACAUGUGUUCGUUGGAGAGACUGUUACUCUCAGAUGUGACAUACAGGGAGGAGGAGACACUGAGUGGACAUACAGCUGGUAUAAGAAUAAUAACUCACUCUACCUUGAAAUAUUCUACGGAUUUGACACAGAUAGCACAAUGCAGCAGUUGAGUAUCUGGUCUGUUAGAGACUCUGACGGUGGUGACUACACCUGCAGAGGACAGAGCAGUGACUCUCAGAGCUCAGAGAUCAGUGAUGCUGUUACACUGACUGUAUCAGAGAGCCCACGGCCAGUACUGAGUGUAUCUCCACAGAGCUGGCUGACUGAAGGAGACUCAGUGACUCUAAGCUGUGAGGUUACAGACUCCUCUACAGGCUGGAAGUUCAGCUGGCACACAGCUGUUCCUUACAGAAUAAUAAGAGACAGUCAUGGUGAUAUCGUUUAUGGAGGCUUCUACACUCUCAGUCCUGCUGCUCUUAAUCACACAGGAGUUUAUGUGUGUGAAUCACAGAGAGGAGAAUCAACCCGUUACAGAAGUUACAGCAACCAACAGCCACUAUGGAUCACUGGUGAAUCUCCUCCAGGCUCUCUGAUCAUCAAUCCCAGCAGAACUCAACACUUUACUAAAGCCUCUCUCUCACUGAGCUGUGAGGACCAGAGUAACUCUACUGGAUGGACAGUAGGGCGAUACACACAUAGAGGGGCAGAGUCAGAUUGUUCAUGGUGGGGAUCAGUUACAGGAUCUACAUGUAAAAUCAGCUUCCUCUCCACAUCACACACUGGAGUUUGCUGGUGUCACUCUGAAUCAGGAGAAAACAGUAAUCCUGUCAACAUCACAGUGCAUGAUGGUGAUGUGAUCCUGGAGAGUCCUGUCCAUCCUGUGACUGAGGGACAUCCUCUGACUCUACGCUGUUUAUAUCGCAACACAAAUUCCUCAAACCUCCCAGCUGAUUUCUAUAAAGAUGGAUCAGUUCUCCAGACACAGACUACAGGAGAGAUGAUCAUCCAAACUGUCUCAAAGUCAGAUGAAGGUUUCUACCACUGUAAACACCCAGAGAGAGGAGAGUCACUGAAAAGCUGGCUCUCAGUCAGAGCUUCAGGUCCAUCACGUGCAGAAGCUCCAUUCUCAGUGCUCAUGCUGAUCAGUAGUGUAGUGACGGCCUCUCCGUAUCUGCUGGUGACCAUCAUUCUGCUGGUCAAAUGUUACAGAGCUCGAGCUCGCACGGAUGAAGACAGAAUCGAGAAUGCAGUCAUAGAGGAGUGA